AGCGUGAGACCUGUUAGAACUCUUCUUCCGUGUUUUCGGUUUUUUCCUUAGGGAGAAUUUAAGGCAGAGAGCCCACUAGAGGGCACCAGGCACUGAUGGAAAUGUCGGUGAGAACUCCGGGCUGUCGAAAGGCAACGCUCUUUGGAGGCUGGUGGUGAGGAUUCCCUGCCUGGAUAUGUGGGUCCAGAGGUGAUGCUGUGAGCACUUGAAUAGCAUGAGAGGACUCUUGGCUGCCUCUGUAAUUUCCAUCCAGAACUCCUGCUUCACCUAUCCUGCCUGUCAAAAAUGCUUUUCUAGGCUGAUACUGGAUUCUAGGAGGUUUAACUGUCUAAAAUGCGGCUGCACAGGUCAAGCUAAAGAUGCAAACUACAGGUACAGACUGUCCCUCAAGAUUGCUGACACUAAUGAUUUGUUUGACAUAACCGUGUUUGGAAGUUGCUUAGAUCCGUUCUUUGGGGUCACCGCAGAAAAUCUGCAGAGGUGUAUUCAAGACUUCAAUCAGCUCUCCGGAGAAACACACGCAGAUGCAUCUCCAGGAAUGUUAGUUCAAGCAGUGGAAACCUGUUUCAUUGGAAAAAGAUUUAUAUUUGGAGUAAAGGGUUGUGCAAGGGAAGAUGGAGGGCGUUCUACUGCCAGCAGCAUCUUGCAAAACUGUUCCAGAAUUAAUAGAACUACAAAAAACCUUACAGCUUGCCAGAUCUUCCUGCCAAAUGCUGCUGUUACUGGCUUUACUGUUAUCAGCUACUUCCAUCGGCUUCUGCGGUCAGCAAAAUCCAGGAGCUGUAAUAACAGCUCAUACUUACCUGAUGCAUCUUCAGCUCCAAUAGAUGAACCUGUCAGUGAGCUCAGCAGCUUGUCUAGCCCGAGCAGCAACUCCUGCUUUGUUCAGUCUAGUAGCAGAGAAAGUUUUUUCGAGUCCUGGCAGCAGUCCUUCAGCCUGACUUCAUCUGUUGCUUGGGUAACAGCAGAAGACUUCCCCACUCUGGAAGCGGGAAAGCUGGAAGAUACUUUGACAGAAAAGGUCACAGCUCCUGAAUUGGUGCUUUAUCCUGGAGUGCUGGCUGUAUGCGGAGGCCAGCGGUAUGGCUUCUUCCAAACAGCCUGCAAGAGUUGA